AGUUUGCGACACACCAUCAAAGAGAGUAAAAGAAAAAGCACGUAAUUUCUCAAGGCGAAAUUCGCUUAAGAGCACGCAUUGCAAAUAUUUAUGUAAAUUAACAAUUCAUUUUAAUUAAUACAGUAAAUCUACUUAUUUUAACAAAUUAAAAAAAAAAAAAUCUUCAGGUUUUAUUGUCCUGGUGUGUUAAGCUUGAACAUUGCUUUGCAUCAGCGCAGCGGCCCACAUCUACUAGUGGCAUUUUGUAAUAUUUGAGAUAUCUAAAGGAGAUUGUUUGCUGGUAAAAUAACCCUCAGCUAAGACACGUCUUCACGCGGACAUUCAAUAUGGAAGAAAAAGAACUGGUUGAAUAUUUCAGAAUGCAGAUCAGAGAAGACCCAGAUGUGGCUUCAGCCGUGGCUGCAAUAUGCACACUGCUUGAAUUCCUAAGGAGAGAUAAAAGUGAGACUAUUGUUGGCUUGAGAGAGAACAUGACACAGGCUAUACACAGACUACAGGAGACUGAUUCAUCAGUUGCUGUCUCAUCUGGAGGAGAACUCUUCCUGCGUUUCAUUAGUCUUACCUCACUGGAACAUCCGGAUCUUUCACAGUGUAAAAAUGUGAUGAUAGAGAGAGGUGAACUCUUCUUAAAGAAAAUAUCCCUCUCUAGGGGUAAAGUGGCUAAACUUUGUCACACCUUUGUCAAAGAUGGAGCUAAAAUCCUGACACACUCCUCAUCUAGAGUGGUGUUAAAGGUUCUGGAAAAUGCUGCAGCUGAUAACAAACGUUUUACAGUAUAUGUCACCGAAUCACAACCAGAUUCAGCAGGUGAACUUAUGGCUCAGAAACUACGCAGACUCAACAUACCUGUCACAGUAGUGCUUGAUGCUGCAGUCGGGUACAUCAUGGAGAAAGUAGACCUGGUUAUUGUUGGUGCUGAGGGUGUUGUGGAAAGUGGUGGUAUCAUCAACAAGAUUGGUACUUAUCAGAUGGCAGUGUGCUCCAAGGCACACAAUAAACCAUUUUAUGUGGUGGCAGAAAGUUUUAAGUUUGUGCGGCUCUACCCUCUAAACCAACAAGAUGUACCCGAUAGAUUUAAGUAUAAAGCAGAUAUCCUGAAAACAAUGGAAGAUCUCAGUCAAGAGCACCCCAUGAUUGACUACACCCCCCCUUCCCUCAUUACAUUACUUUUCACUGACCUGGGUGUGCUGACCCCCUCUGCUGUCAGCGAUGAGCUCAUCAAACUCUACUUAUGAUGUGCUUGACUAUUCUGCUUAAUAACAUUUGCUGUGGAAUACGUAUGUCUAUUUGCUGCUUUCAGUGAAUAAAGAAAUACAUUUCUCUAAAAA